AUGGACCUCAAGGCUACGGCCUUGCUGAAGCUGGUCUACCUGGAAAUGUUUGGCCACGACAUGUCCUGGGCUUCCUUUCAUGUUCUCGAAGUUAUGUCCUCGCCGAAAUACCUGCAGAAACGGGUCGGAUAUCUGGGCGCUGUGCAGAGCUUCAGACCGGAUACUGAAGUUCUGAUGCUGGCUGAGAAUCUCUUAAAGAAGGAUUUGUGUUCUGCCACACCGACAACAAUGUCUCUUCCUAUCAUAACCUUACCGCAUGUCAUUACUCCUUCGCUCGCGCUAUCUGUUCUCUCAGAUCUAUUGCCCCGGAUGACACAUUCGCACCCGACCAUUCGCAAGAAAACUAUUGUUACACUUUAUAGAUUGGCCCUAGUCUACCCGGACACAUUACGACCGGCAUGGCCAAAGAUCAAGGAGCGACUGAUGGACGAGGACGAGGAUCCAAGUGUCACAGCAGCAAUCGUUAAUGUUGUUUGUGAGCUGGGAUGGCGGAGACCUCAGGACUUUUUACCCCUUGCGCCGAGGUUAUUUGAGCUCCUUGUGGAUAGUGGGAACAAUUGGAUGGCGAUCAAGCUCAUUAAACUGUUUGCUACAUUAACUCCACUUGAGCCAAGAUUGGUCAAAAAACUGUUACCACCACUCACAUCGAUUAUACGAACUACCCCGGCAAUGUCACUGCUAUAUGAAUGUAUAAAUGGCAUUAUAUUAGGAGGAAUUCUUGGAAGCAGUGAUGAGUCCGCGGGAGGUGAGGAGAUAGCCACUCUUUGUGUGAGCAAAUUACGCGGCAUGAUCAUGGUUGAGGGAGAUCCUAAUCUAAAAUAUGUUGCUCUACUCGCUUUCAACAAGAUUGUUGUUACCCAUCCAUUUCUUGUUGCUCAACAAGAAGACGUGAUAAUGGACUGCAUUGAUAGUGCUGAUAUCUCCAUCCGGUUGCGUGCAUUAGACUUGGUUGUGGGUAUGGUCAGCAGCGAUAAUCUGAUGUCUAUCGUUGGAAGAUUGAUGAGACAACUUCGAAGCUCUCCUUCAAUACCCGCAGGUAAUUACAACCCUCGACAUGUUGGACAAAUUGAGCUCGAAGCAGAUUCGGACGAUGAGGCUCCGGAAGUUGCAAUCAAGUCUAAUAGGGAAUCGUCACAAGAUCUACUAUUGCCUGAUGACUACAAGGUGGAUGUUAUCACCAGGAUACUAGAAAUGUGCUCGAUAAACAACUAUGCUAAUCUCCUUGAUUUCGACUGGUACAUUGAUAUUUUGAUUCAGCUUGUCAGAACUGCUCCCGUCACGAAUUCGUCUCCAAACCAAGAAUCAGACGAGUACUCUGACAAUGAUAUCUCCGAAAAGAUAGGAGAUGAAUUGCGGAAUGUGGCUGUCAAAGUGAAAGCAGUCCGAUCUCAAGCUGCUAGGGCUGCCGAAUCAAUACUUGUACUAGCCCAUAUCGAUACGACGAGCCAAGUCAGCUCUGGAAAUGGAGCACUCCGACCAAUAUCUUGGACAAUUGGAGAGUAUGCUUCUUGUUUAGAAUCUCCAGAAGAUACAAUGACUGCUCUGUUGCACAUUGCCAAAGUGUCAACCUCUGCCGAGUGUCUUAUUGUGUAUCUCCAAGCAUUACCAAAGGUAUUUUCUGUGAUAGCUGAUGAUGAGCAGUCAUUCUGGACGCCCGAACGGAAGACAAUGAUGUCACUAUUGAUGGCACGCAUUAUAAAUGCUCUUGAGCCCCUGGCAAUGCACCCUGAUUUGGAGGUUCAGGAGAGAGCGGUUGAAUUUUCGGAAUUUUUGAAGUUGGCAGCAGAAGCAACAACUGGUCAAGAACCGUCCUCGGAAUCGGUUCAGCAAGAUGCGCCACUUUUGCUUACACAAGCAUUGCCUUCUCUAUUUAGGGGACAGGAAUUGAAUUCCGUUGCAGCUAGCGCGCAAAAAAAUGUGCCGGUGCCAUCUAAUUUGGAUCUUGAUCAGCCGAUCAAUCCAAAUCUCCAUAACCUAUUACGGAAUGUCGACACGAUAUCCUUCGAUGAGCCCGCAAACGACGGAUACGAAGUCUAUUAUCAUCAGAAACCAGACCCUACCUCAAUCUCAUCCAACGAGCCUGCUAUCAAUCGUCUUGCUGGAAGCCCCGAUCAACCUGCUCAAUCUUACCAACAGAGCAGCGAAGAAUCAUACUUAGAUCCCGAUAUUGUUGCACGUCGGAAAGCAGAGAGGCUGGAAAGGAAUAGAGACGAUCCGUUUUAUAUCGCACCAAAUGAUGGCGUUGCAUCUGGCACGUCCACGCCCCUUCAUAACAUUCUUCAAAGUAGCAAUGGGCCAGAACUGGACAUCGACGCGAUACCGAUCAUGCAGUUAGACCUCGGCAAGACGAAUUUAAUUAAAUCGAACAAUAAGAAGCCCUCAAAGAAGCCCCGUCAACGAAUACAAGUGGCUGCUGAUGAAACGCUGAUCCUAAGUGGAACUUCAACACCUGCAAACGAUUCUUCUGAAAACAGUACUGAUGGGCCCAUAAAGUCACGGAUUGCGAAAGGGAAGCAAUCUCUAUUACAAGUCGACUCAAGCCAUAUCGGACAGUUCUCCCUUGAAGGUGACAAUACCAGCGGCAUUGAUUUCGAGCGUCAACAGAAAGAGGAGGCUGAGAUGGUGAAAGCCAUGAAAGAGGUAGAAAGACUCCGGCUGGAGAUGCAGAGAGCCAAUGAGAGAAUACAUGCUGCACAAGAUGUUCCACCAGAAGGUACGGUGGUGAAGAAGAAAACGAAGAAGAAGGCAAAACCAUUAGAAGGGGAAUCAGCAGCAGUGGUAAAGAAAAAGAAGAAAAUUAAGAAUGCUGUGGUCGAUGAAGGAGGGGGUGAGCCUUCUGUAGCUCCUACGACUACAGGUGUCAUGAAGCCGAAGAAGAAGAAGAAGAAGAAGAAGCCAAAGGUGGAACAAGAGGUCACGGAACAGGCGUAA